GGUCUUGCUAAUCGGAGAAGUUCAGGACCUGAAAAGUAUCUAGAGCACUGCUAAGAGCCCCGACUCUAGCUAGAUCCACGCAGGGCCCGCCAGAUCCUCGAGGAAUUGUAGAGCAGAACCUAGGAGGAGACAUUAGCAUCCCGUGCUACAAUGGACCAAGGCCUCGGCGGAGCGCGCAGAAGACAACUCUGGGCCCGCUAAACCAACCCAGGAUACCCAGAGGGAAUCUGGAAGAAUUGCAAUCAAAACAUCAUUUCUCUAAGAAAAUUUUGGGUAACCGAAGUUCUGGACAACAGGGCAUACCAAUUCAGUCACCAUGAGUUGGAGCUUCCUGACUCGCCUGCUAGAGGAGAUUCACAACCAUUCCACAUUUGUGGGGAAGAUCUGGCUCACUGUUCUGAUUGUCUUCCGGAUUGUCCUUACAGCUGUAGGAGGAGAAUCCAUCUAUUACGAUGAGCAAAGCAAAUUUGUGUGCAACACAGAACAGCCGGGCUGUGAGAAUGUCUGUUAUGAUGCGUUUGCACCCCUCUCCCAUGUACGCUUCUGGGUGUUCCAGAUCAUCCUGGUGGCAACUCCCUCUGUGAUGUACCUGGGCUAUGCUAUCCACAAGAUUGCCAAAAUGGAGCACGGUGAAGCAGACAAGAAGGCAGCUCGGAGCAAGCCCUAUGCAAUGCGCUGGAAACAACACCGGGCUCUGGAAGAAACGGAGGAGGACAACGAAGAGGAUCCUAUGAUGUAUCCAGAGAUGGAGUUAGAAAGUGAUAAGGAAAAUAAAGAGCAGAGCCAACCCAAACCUAAGCAUGAUGGCCGACGACGGAUUCGGGAAGAUGGGCUCAUGAAAAUCUAUGUGCUGCAGUUGCUGGCAAGGACCGUGUUUGAGGUGGGUUUUCUGAUAGGGCAGUAUUUUCUAUAUGGCUUCCAAGUCCACCCGUUUUAUGUGUGCAGCAGACUUCCUUGUCCUCAUAAGAUAGACUGCUUUAUUUCUAGACCCACUGAAAAGACCAUCUUCCUUCUGAUAAUGUAUGGUGUUACAGGCCUUUGCCUUUUGCUUAACAUUUGGGAGAUGCUUCAUUUAGGGUUUGGGACCAUUCGAGACUCACUAAACAGUAAAAGGAGGGAACUUGAGGAUCCGGGUGCUUAUAAUUAUCCUUUCACUUGGAAUACACCAUCUGCUCCCCCUGGCUAUAACAUUGCUGUCAAACCAGAUCAAAUCCAGUACACCGAACUGUCCAAUGCUAAGAUCGCCUACAAGCAAAACAAGGCCAACACAGCCCAGGAACAGCAGUAUGGCAGCCAUGAGGAGAACCUCCCAGCUGACCUGGAGGCUCUGCAGCGGGAGAUCAGGAUGGCUCAGGAACGCUUGGAUCUGGCAGUUCAGGCCUACAGUCACCAAAACAACCCUCAUGGUCCCCGGGAGAAGAAGGCCAAAGUGGGGUCCAAAGCUGGGUCCAACAAAAGCACUGCCAGUAGCAAAUCAGGGGAUGGGAAGACCUCCGUCUGGAUUUAAUCCUGGCGGGCUUAAAACCUGUGCUUUUCAUAGUUUAUGGUAAGCAGCAGCUCACUGAAUAAUGACUUCCAUUGAGUAAACAUUUGGCUCUGGUUAUCUUCAGGGAUGCUGUUGGCUCAUGAUCCAAGCUCAGGGGACUCUGGAGGCGGGGCUGGGCUGAGGGAGAGAAAGGGAAACACAGUGUUCCCAGGCACAUGUUCUUAGCAAUAAUACAGUUGCAGAACUUUACAUUUGUGUCUUCCAGAUCUGGAGAAGAACAGACAUAUUUAAAUCAUUCUUGUUGAACAGUUUUUGUAUGUACAGUAUUAUGGUACUUUUUUUUUUAGUAUGAGAACUUUUUUUGUAUUUGUACAUUGAACUGCUGUAGUUAUACUUUUAUAUUAAAGGGGAAAAAGUCCUUAUAAAUAAUGCCUAUUAGGCUAGUGCUAUUACUUUGUUCAGCAAAUUCUACCCUGGCUUUAGAGUUUUUAAUAGAUGCUACACCUAAUAAAAGUGCCUCUCAUAUUGCAGGAACGAUUUCAGAUGUGUAAGGAGACUGAAGAGGAGAUACCAGUUUUUAGUCUUGGAAAGCAAGUUCACAGUAGAAGGAGGUUGAGAUCUUUCUUUUACGUGAGAAAUCUUUGAAUCUCAUUCAUGCGAUCAGAGUUGUAGCCAAUUUUUGAAAACCUUAUUUUCAAAGGAAAUAAAUGAUUCACUGUAGGAUUCCUUUAAAUAUCAAGCAUCACCAGUAUAUGCUUUGAUGGUAUAUGUAUAUAACUUAAAGUUCUUUCAAAAGCCGGAUACAGAAACGUGUCCCCAGUUUGGUAGCAAUGUGGAAAACCUGGCUAGAGAUGAUAUGGAGCUGUCCCUCAGAAAGCAAAGCCAUGCCUGGAAUCCCUAAUAGGAUGCUUAGUUGUGAACCUGUUUGAUUUGCCUUAAGCCUCUAUCCAGAAACCUGCCCGCUUCCGUCUGGUUAAGAAGCCAGUGGUGGAUAUUUUCUUUGUUAACAUUAGAAAUGCAAACAUUCCCUUGUCAACCAAGAAUACUCAAAGCUACUUGUAUUGGAAAUGGCAGAAGGCCUAAAUCCAAAUUUCUUAUUUUUUAUAAUUUACCAUAGAAGUUUUGUGAUUAAAUUCUUACUUCUGCCAGUGGAGGUUUAUGCCUGAAAGGUCAUGGGGUCCUGUCUGUAAAUAGACCUAAAGAGAAGUGCAGUAUUUAUUCUUUGUAGGCAUAAUGUGUUUGUCACUGACAAGCAUUCAUGUUCAUCCCACUAGUCUUUUAUUGCAGUCUUUUAUUGUCAUUUUCAGCCUUAUGUUGGAGAGCUUUGCUUUCUCAUCAUGUUCACAUUGUCUUAAGUUUUGUGAGCUUCUGAGAAAAAGCUUGGUAAAGGUUUAAAGGGGACUUUGUUCCACCAGGGAGCAUUUUAUUUGGGCGUCUCACCCUUUUCUAAUGAAAGCUGUUGUAAGCCGCCUCUGACUUGGAAAUUGUGAAAGUAUGAAUAUUUUUUAUAUCUUAAUUGUAACAUGCCAGUUCUCCAUUAUUUAGAUGAAUAGUAGAACACUGCACCCUUUGUGCAGUGUUUUUGUUUCUCUACUGCAUUCCUACCCCCACCAAAAAAAAAAACUUAAGGAAAUUUUUUUUGAGACAGGGUCUCCCUCUUUCACCCAGGCUGGAGUGCAGCAGCAUGAUCUCAGCUCACUGCAGCCUCUGCCUCCCAGGCUCAAGCGAUCAUUCCACCUCAGCCUCUUGAUUAGCUGGGACUACAGGCAUGUGCCACCAUACUCGGCUAAUUCUUUUUUAAAAAUUUUUUUUGUAGAGAUGAGGUCUCACUAUGUUGCCCAGGCUGGUCUCGAACUUUUGGGUUCAAGUGAUCCUCCCACCUCAGCCUCUCAAAGUGUUAGUAUUAUAGGCGUGAGCCACCAUGCCCAGCCUAGAAAAUUUAACCUUAUCUUUUAGCCAUUCAUUUACUUUUAUUUGCUUUUUUAAAAAAAAAUCUUUAAAUUUUAGCCUAGAGAAGCACCUCAGGAACUCUAAACAUCUUAAGCAAAAAUUAAACUCAGGUGAGACUGAAGGAGAAAUUUCAGAAAUACACAUGUACAUCAUGGGUAAUUAAUAGACAUGCACAGUUUCCUUCAAAUCAAAUGUUUAAUAAGGAAAUUCAUGUAAUUCCAAGAAAACAGGCAAAAUUUUGAAUACAUAAGCCUAGCUAAGAUAAAGAACUACCAGUUAAUUCUUAACAUCACUGGAGCUUCCAGCAGGUUUUUUAAUUGAAGGACAAAAAGUGUCCAUACAUUUAUGUUAUCUCUUCAGAGCCUGAGGGAGAAGAGAGUGGCUUUGCCCAGUGGAAAGGUUGGGGAUUUGAGAAUGAUACAGGGGGAAGGAGUCAAGCAGAAAUGCCAGGAAGAACCAGGCAAAGACAUUUGGCGCCAGAAGCAUUCACUUAGUUUCUGUGAAGAGUGCCCCUGGUGUUUCAUCUUGGCCUGUUUUGAUGAGAAUGUUAUCUUUUGUGUCUGGAUAACGCGUCAGCUUCUUAAAGUACAUAUAAAGAUAUUCUGUCACCUCCCCACAUGCACACACUUUUAAAAUCUAUUUUUAUUCUCUUGCUAAAGUUGUAAUUAUGUCAAGAAUUUUCCAGCUCUAACUGCCUUCUUAGUACAUGUAUUUCUGCCUUUGAAGCAUAUGAGUUUGCCAAAGUCAUUCUCCCCUAAUGACAUAUUGUGGACUUACAUUAAGAAAAUGGGCCAGGCGUGGUGGCUCAAACCUGUAAUCCCAGCACUUUAGGAGGCCCAGGCAGGUGGAUUACCUGAGGUCAGGAGUUCAAGACCAGACUGGCCAACAUGGUGAAACUCCGUCUCUACUAAAAAUACAAAAAUUAGCCAGGAGUGCUGGGUGGACGCCUGUAAUCCCAGCUACUUGGGAGGCUGAGGCAGGAGAAUUGCUUGAACCCAGGAGGCAGAGGUUGCAGUGAGCUGAGAUCAUAUCAUUGCACUCCAGCCUGCAAGACAGAGUGAAGCUCUUGUCUCAAAAAGAAAAAAAGAAAAUGAGCCUGUUGAUGUCUAGCUAACCCAUUGGUGGAGUCUGCAUUGAAUCUGUAAGAAUAUUGUUCUGGAUCAUGCAGGUGGGGUUUGUAUAAAAAGCCUGUCCAACAUUUAGUUCUCACUCGCAUCAGAAUCAUACUGUUUUGAAUUGCCGUAUAAGACAUGCUCCAUCAUGACACUUGCUUCUCCUCCAAAUACAAGUUGAGUGCUUAGUCCUUCACCUGCUAGAAUCAGGAUACAAUCAACAUGAUUAUGUUCCUUAACACACUUGGAUUUAUGCAGAUGUGGUGUGUCCUUUGCUCUUUUUUUUCUUAAGACAGUCUUGCUCUUGUCGCUCAGGCUGGAGUGCAGUGGUGUGAUUUCAGCUCACUGCAACCUCCGCCUCCUGGGUUCAAGCGAUUCUCCUGCCUCAGCCUCCCGAGUAGCUGGGAUUACAGGCACCACCACCAUACCAGGCUGAUUUUUUUUGUAUUUUUAAUAGAGACAGGGCUUCAUCAUGUUGUCCAGGCUGGCAGGCUGGUCUCGAACUCCUGACCUCGUGAUCCGCCCACCUCAGCUUCCCAAAGUGCUGGGAUUACAGGUGUGAGCCACCGCGCCUGGCCUGCUCUUAAAACCCGUUAUUCAGAAGAUUUGUAAAAGAAAUAGGCUUUUUUUUUUUUUUGGUUAAUUCAAACUUGAGGGGAAAAUUAGAUAGCAUUUUCCCCUAAAGAAAUGUUAAUGUUCAUUUUGUGGCUUUGUUUUCAAGUUUCAGGAGCCAUGUACAUCUCAGAAGUGUUACGAAGUGAUUAGAAAAGGCCUCUGGUAAAAGACGUUCAAGGACCAACCAUUAUUAUUGGUCACUUGUUUGAACUUGGCGCUUAAAAAAAAAGUUGGACUGUGAUGCUUUGGUGCUCUUUAUUACAGACAUCAGUGAUGGUCUGAAACACUCUCUAGCAGUUUAUAUGAAGAAUGGACUUACAUGUUAUCAGUUACACUCAUGAUUUACUCGUUCAGCUUCUACAAGUCCAUACUUUAUGCUGUCUCAUUUAAGAGACAGUCCACUUCUGAAAAUAAAAUCGAUAGUUGAUGAUACAUUUUUGGCUAGCCAGCUUUCUGUAAAAGGCAAGUAUGUUAGACAUGCACAGUUUCCUUCAAAUCAAAUGUUUAAUAAGGUACUUCAAGAAACGCCUUUUUAAAAAUCAAAGGUUUUGGCCAGGCAUGGUGGCUCACGCCUGUAAUCCCAGCAAUUUGGGAGGCCAAGAUGGGCGAAUCACAAGGUCAGGAGUUUGAGACCAGCCUGGCCAAUAUGGUGAAACCCCAUCUCUACUAAAAAUACCAAAAAUUAGCCGGGCGUGGUCGUGGGUACCUGUAAUCCCAGCUACUCAGGAGGCUGAGAUGAGAAUCACUUGAUCCCAGGAGGUAGAGGUUGCAGUGAGCCGAGAUUGCGCCAUUGCACUUCAGCCUGGGCAAUGAGUGAAACUCUCAAAAAAAAAUUAAUAGUAAUAAUAAAGUCCCUGCAUGCAGUUUGGAAAUAAAAUUUAAACUCAUUUAUAUGUAAUAAAUAUGUAAUAAUUCACAGUCACCAUCAAAUGUUGGAAUCAUUGAAUUGCAUACUUGUACUCAUUCCGGCCACAUCAUGAAGUGUUUAAAGAUUUGUAUUUGCUGUUGUCCCUAUGUAGUUCUAUUGAUGUUUGGUUUUGUUUUUUGGGGUUUGUUUUGAGCCCAGGCUAGAGUGCAAUAGCACAAUCUCAACUCACUACAGCCUGGACCUCCUCAGCUCAAGCAGUCCUCCCACUUCAGCCUCCCAAGUAGCUGGGCUGCAAGUGCUCACCACCAUACCUGGCUAAUUUUUGUAUUUUUUGUAGAGACAGAGCUCUCACUAUGUUGCCCAGACUGGUCUCAAACUCCUGGGCCCAAGCAAUCCUCCCAUCACAGCCUCCGAAGGUGCUGGGAUUACAGGCAUAAGCCACUGUGCCCAGCCUGUUUUUAAUAAUGAUAUUAAGUGGGUUUGGUUCAUGUGUUAUUAAUCAGUGUUAAUAAUCGUACUUUUUUUUUUUUUAAAGAAACCAUGGUAUUCUAAAAUCAGGAGUCCAAAUAAAAGAAAGUUCUCGGCUGUGCGUGGUGGCUAACACCUGUAAUCCCAGCACUUUGGGAGGCUGAGGUGGGUGGAUCACUAGAGGUCAGGAGUUUGAAACAAGCCUGGCCAACAUGGUAAAACCCCCUCUCUACUAAAAAUACAAAAAUUAGCCGGGCAUGGUGGUGCACACCUGUAAUCCCAGCUACUUGGGAUGUUGAGGCAUGAGAUUUCCUUGAACCUGGAAGGCAGAGGUUGCUGUGAGCCAAGAUCGCGCCACUGCACUCCAGCCUGGGUGACAGAGUAAGACUGUUGCCAAAAAAGAGGAAAAAAGUUAUCCAGUGCAGUUUCUACAGAGAUAAAAGAAGUAAUAGUUCUGGCUGGGUGUGGUGGCUUAUGCCUGUAAUCCCAGCACUUUGGGAGGCCAAGGCAGGUGGAUCACAUGAGGUCAGGAGUUCGAGACCAGCCUGGCCAACAUGGCAAACCUGUCUCUACUAAAAAUGUAAAAAUUAGGUAUGGUGGCACGCGCCUGUACUUACAGCUACGUGGGAGGCUGAGGCAUGAGAUGAGAAUCUCUUGAACCCAGGAGGCGGAGGUUGCAGUGAGCUGAGAUUGCACCACUGCACUCCAGCUUGGGUGAUGGAGUGAGACUCAAAUAAAAAAGGUACUAGUUCUGCAUUUCAGAGUUGGCUUGUUGAACCAGGCUAUAUGCUUCCAAGAUUUAAAAUGUUUUUCUGUAUUAUACUCUCAAUUGUGUUUUAAAAAAUCUCUUACAGAAAUCUCUACCUCAGGCACUAAGUGUUAUGACAUGGGUAGCAUAUUGAUAUUGAAAACUUAGCUAGGACUUCCAGCCUUUUAAGAUAAUUUAAAUGUAAAAUUAAAUGGUUAACCAGCAAUCUAAUGUCAUGUGGUGUGCAGUUUGGAUAUUGCAUGAACAGCUAAGGAAUCACCUGUUCUAGUGCCAAAGAUCACUCAUUGCUAAUUUUGUUCUGUACAGCUUAUGUAAUAUUUUCAUGGUGGAGACGGACUCUGUGUGCUCAGGGCCUUGUCUCUAGGAAGAUUUUGUCAAUUCCAAAUACAGUUUUGAAGAUUC